GAGGGGAAAAAAAAACUCCGGAAGGGAAGGGAGGAGGACCCUUUGCUGUCAGGCGACGAAGACCAGUCCCUUUGCGCGUGAGCUAUCUGUGGGUAGAACGCGCAGAAACGAAAGGGAAGUAACCACUUUUAUUUCUUUGACUCUGCAAGUUUUAAAGCAGGGGUUUAUAGGUUUUCAGUAUGAUAUUGUUACAACUGGCUGUCACGUUUUGCUGUCUUCACUACACUGCAGGUCAGUUAAGGACCCCUUUAAACAAAUAUAUCCGUCAUUAUGAAGGGUUGUCUUAUGACACGGAAGCCUUGCACCAAAGACACCAGAGAGCCAAGAGGGCGCUCUAUCCUCAUGACAAGACGGUGCACCUCGACUUCCACGCUCAUGGAAGACAUUUUGCCUUGCGAAUGAAGCGGGAUACGACUUUGUUCACUCCAGAUCUGGUAAUUGAGGAUUCAGGGGACCAGCCGCCCCUUGACACGUCACACAUAUACAGCGGAGAAAUCUUUGGUGAAAAGAACACUCUGAUCCAUGGUUCUGUAGUGGAUGGUCGGUUUGAGGGUUUCAUUAAAACCCAUCAAGGCACAUACUAUAUUGAACCUGCAGAGCGAUAUUUUCAGAACAAGAGCGUCCAUUCUGUCAUCUAUCAUGAGCAUGAUAUUGAUUAUCCCCAUAAGUAUGGCCCAGAGGGCGGCUGUGCUCAUCAUUCUGUGUUUGAGAGGAUGAAGGAGUACCAGAUGUCUGCUGUAGAGGAGUCAGACAAAGAGCUGAACUUUGAAAAGGAGGAUGAAACAGACACUUAUGGUCCAGUGAUUCUGAGGACAAAGAGGGCAACAGAAAAUAAGAAAACUAUCUGUCCGCUCUUCAUCCAGACGGACCAUUUAUUCUCUAAAUAUUAUGGCUCAAGAGAGGCUGUCCUUACACAGAUUUCUAGCCAUGUUAAGGCUAUCAACGCUAUUUAUCAGAGCACAGAUUUUGGAGGCAUACGAGACAUCAGCUUCAUAGUGAAAAGGGUCAGGAUAAAUGGCACAAAGGAGGCAAAUGACGAAAGCAAUCCUUUUCGCUUUUCCAGCAUCGGAGUGGAAAGGUUUUUGCAGCUGAACUCUGAGCAGAACCACGAUGCCUUCUGCUUAGCCUAUCUCUUCACUGAUAGGGACUUUGAUGAUGGUGUGCUUGGCUUGGCUUGGGUUGGGAGUUCUGGAGGAAGCUCUGGAGGAAUAUGUGAAAAGCACAGAAGAUAUGGUGAUGGAAAGUACCAGUCCCUCAACACUGGCAUCAUUACUGUGCAGAAUUAUGGCUCCCACGUCCCUCCCAGGGUGUCACACAUUACCUUUGCGCAUGAAGUUGGGCACAACUUUGGUUCUUCACAUGACUCUGAAAGUAAAUGCACCCCUGGAGAGUCAACAGACCGAAACGAAAGGAAGCAGGGCAACUAUAUCAUGUAUGCCAGAGCCACACGAGGGAACAAACAUAACAACAACAAGUUCUCAGACUGCAGCAUCCAGAGUAUUAGUAGUGUUCUAGCAAAGAAAAGAGGAAUCUGUUUUGUUGAGUCUGGAGAGCCUAGCUGUGGGAAUGGACUUGUGGAAGAAGGAGAGGAGUGUGACUGUGGCUAUGAUGAAUGUAAUGACCCCUGCUGCUAUAGCGCCAAUGAAGAAAAAGGCAAACAAUGCACGAUUAAACCUGGCACGGAAUGCAGCCCUAGCCAAGGUCCAUGUUGCUCAAAAGAGUGUAGAUUUAAGAAUUCCAACACUUCGUGCAGACUUGCGUCUGACUGCGCCCUGCAGAGCUUUUGCGGUGGAAAUAGUGCUCUGUGUCCAGAAUCAAGACCAAAAACCGACUCCACCACUUGCAAUUCAAAUACACAAAUUUGCCAAAAUGGAGUCUGCGCUGGUUCCAUUUGCAAUAAGUAUGGCCUUGAAGAGUGCAGUUGUUCCAGUGAAGAUGGCACGAAUAAGCUAACUGAGCUGUGCCAUGUGUGCUGCCAGGAGACCGAUGACCCCACCACCUGCAGCAGCACAAGCUCUGACAAAUGGGCCGAACACUUCAACAAAACAGUCAUAUCAAUGCAGCCUGGCUCACCCUGCAGUGAUUAUAAGGGGUAUUGUGAUGUGCUGAAGAGGUGUCGCCUGGUCGAUGCUGACGGGCCUUUAUUAAGGCUAAAGAAAACCAUCUUCAAUCCAGACCUGUAUGAAAAUAUCUCAGAUUGGUUAGCGGCUUACUGGUGGGCUGUAGUUUUGGUUUGCCUUGCUUAUUUAUUGGUGAUGAUAGGGUGCAUCGGUUUAUGCAGUUUCUUCACCCCAAGCAGCAAUAAGGCUUACCCUGAGGCAAAGCCACUUCCAGGUCCUCUAAGAAAACGGGGUCCCAAUGGAAGGGCCAGGUACACAGCAGCCCAACGGUCAUCCUCAGAAUAAGAGGAGAAACUGAGACGAAAGUCUGCCUACAACAACCAUGGUUUCUUCUAAAGGGUUACCUCUACCCACAUUCCAAACUAUAAUACUUUAAUGCACAAAGCCUUAAAUUUUUGAGGAGGAAUUGAGCAGCAUUUUUCUUAGAACCAGGACUACAAUGUUUCAUGUUUAGAUAUUUUAUAGUCCUAAUGUUAAUGUUUUUUUUUAACAUUUUAUUUGUUUAUCAACACAGACAUGGAAAAGAUUUGUAUGCCUUUCCAGUAAUCCUAUUAGCUGAAACGAUUAGCACUUAGCAGGACUUUGAUGCAGAAAAAGUAAAGAAACCAUCACACUACAACACAUUUUUUAUAGUGCAAAGAUGGGGUGAAAUAUGCAUUUAAAACUCUUAAAACUUUUUAUUUCCAAAGCAAAUGCUCUUAAUUUUACUAUGUUUUUGCUGCCAAAACAUUUUUCUUUUCUUAAGUUUAUUUUGAUUCAUUAUCUGAGGAACACUACAGUAAUAGAAAAUACAUGCAGGCUGCCUUGUAAUGUUGAAGACAAGGGACCGCUUGUGAUGAUAUACUUUUGAAGUUGUUUUUAUGCUUUGAUAUAUAGAUGAACCUAAAACAAAAUGUUUGUGCCUUGCUCUAAUGCUGUAACGCCUACAACUCCUUUACAGGUCAACCUUUAAAGAGGUUAAUGUUUUAUUUGCUGUGAUAAGUAAACAGAAGAAGGAUUUGGAGACAAAAACUUUGUUUUAAUUACCUCAUAUUUAUAAAUAUAUGUGUAUUAUGGGUAAAAAUCAUUGUUUAUCAUCAUUUCUUGUCACACCCUCUUAAUUUAAUGGUGUUACGUUAAAAAUGUACCCAUUCUGAGGAGUUUGGCCUGUAUCAGCAAUCGUCUUAUCCAAAAAGAGCACGUAUCGAUUGUAUCUAAGCUUUAUUUACUAGUCUUAACUGCUGAAGAAAAAGCUUUAGUCAUGAUAGUGUAUGAGAAUAGAGUAAAAGUGUGUACGGGUAUUGCUCAGGUUAUAUUAGCCCCCAUAUAAACCACUGAUAUGCAGACAUUUUACAAACUAUUUUAGGACAAAAUGUGUCUUCUGCAUGCAACCAGCUGUCCUUGUUUCUUGUGACAGAUUAAGGUGUAUAAAGGUGUUACCUCAAAGUCAACCUGAUUGGACAUCGUUCAGGUUACAUUCAAAUGAAUUUCUCUCAUAGCAAAGCAGCUGCAUUAUAAUCCACCUGGAGUUACUGUAUUUAAAGUAUUAAAAAAAAAAAUAAAAUCUGAAAUAGUUUUAGGGAAGACUUCAGCACAGCUUCAUGGAAGCACAGGUGCAGCUCAACUCUUUUCCCUGACAGGUGCCAGGAUAAUAUGGAUUAGUGGACAAGAGAGCACAUUGGCCUCUUUACAGAGAAAUGUCUUUUAAUAGGAUUACUGUACCUCAAUGAUAUUACAAAUGCACUGCCGCAACUUUGUCAACUGACCAAAAUUUUACUUUUAGUCUCUACUGUUUUGGCUUGUGUAUAAACGGGUAAAGUGAUUAGAAUUUAUUUUAAAAUGACCAAAGAUAGCUUUUUUUAAAGAACCAUAAUUAAAGUUUUUUUGGUGGGAGUGUCUUGGUUUAUUUUAUUGGGUGCUACUUAUUUUUGUGGAAUUAUUUUUGGGGAAUAUUUUUUGCAAUUUGUUUUGUUGGGUUGUAUGUUGAGAAAAUGUGAACAAAUCCUGAAUGGUAGAGUUCAGUAUAGUGUCUGAAUUUAUUUUUCAGGUUUUGUAUUUUUUCAGUUUUGUCAAUUUUUUUUGUUUAUUUUGUCAUUGUUUUUCUUCCUAACUGCUGGAAAAAUAUAAACGAUUUUCAAAGUUAACAGGUAAAGAUGAUGUGUUUUGAACUACUGAAAUUGCAUUAAAAAACUUGAAUUCAUCCUUUUUAUUGGGUUUUUAUUUUGUAUUUCAGUCAAAUAGCUUUAUGUCUGCAAAAAGGUUUUUAUUGGAAUAAUUUUAGCAUACUAUUGGCCGGUCUUGUUUACAAAUAGGUUUAACUGAAUUCCUUUUAUUUAGAUUCAGCUAGCAUUAGCCUUGAAUUUCAAUUGGUGAUACAAUCUUCCUGUAAAAACACAUGCGGUUUGGGUUGAAGCUGAUGUUUCUCCAAUAAAGAGUGAUCCAUUUAAUGAGCAUAAAAGCACAAAACGUAUCCUCGUAGCCUCAUAACCUUUGCUCACCUCAGUGUAAAUGAAGGAAGGAUGAAAGAAGUGCACUUCAGUGUUAGAAGUAAACUGGGGACAGAAACAAGUAUAUUUUAUAUACAGUAUAUUUUACUAGGAAGUAUGGUUAAGAUAAUAUGCUUGGAUUGCUGUCACCACCAUCCCAUAGUGGAAGAAGAUGGAUGGAUGUUUAGUUAUGAAUUUAUAUUUUAGUUCCCAAUAAAAGUUGUCUUCAUCCUCACCAAUAGAUCUCGUGAGACUUAAGUAUAUUUUCAUCAUUAAAUUAAAAGUGUAUGAAGUUGGAUCUACAUUCUUCAUCACUCGAGUUAAAAAA